AGCUGUUUUUGUUUACGCGGCAUAUUAUCCAACACAUUUUACAAUGUUUUGCGGGCAGAGUUUAGUUAAUAAUUUUUACAAGUAUAAGAGAAAAGUAUGGCAAAAUGUAAACCCAAUAAUAAAGUGCUGCAUUACCACCUACAACCCACCCAAAAUUCUGUUUUUUGGAACCGACAACUUUUCAUUGCCCAGUUUGCAGGCGCUACACAAAAAUAGCAGCAAUCGUUUGGGAGUGGUUACAUCCUUUAAGAGUCCUGCCAAUUGUGUGAGGAGCUAUGCGGAGAAGGAGAAACUCCCGUUGCAAAAGUGGCCCAUAGAACCAUCAGAAUGUUCCCAAUUCGAUCUGGGUGUAGUGGUUUCUUUUGGCCACCUGAUACCAGCUAAUAUAAUCAACGGAUUCCCCAAAGGAAUGAUCAAUGUUCACGCUAGCUUGCUGCCUAAAUGGCGAGGUGCUGCUCCAAUUAUUUAUGCCAUUAUGAAAAGAGAUGCCAGCACUGGGGUUUCCAUUAUGAAAAUCGAACCACAUAGAUUUGAUAUAGGAGCUAUAUUAGCUCAACGGGAAGUGCCCAUUGAGCCCGAUGUCUUCAUGCCGGAAUUGCAUGCUUCUUUGGCUAAGUUAGGAGCUGAAUUACUGGUGGAUACGGUAAACAACUUAUCAGAGAGACUAAAAGAAGACAUACCCCAAGAUAAUACAAAUGCCAGCUAUGCUCCCAAGAUUACAAACAAGAUCACGGAAAUUAACUGGUCAAAGCUUAGUGCUGUCGAUAUAUACGCUCGAUAUAGAGCUUUGUAUAGUUAUAGAAAUCUAACCACCAGUUUUUUAGACAAACAAGUGCAGCUCCUUGAGCUAAGGUUACCAGAAAAGCAACUUUUAAUUCAAAAACCAGGGCAUUUCAGCUAUCAAAAGAGGAGGAAAUCCCUGCUAAUCGGAUGUGCUCAGGAAAGUCAGUUGGAAGUUCUUCAAUUGCGGAUAGAAGGUAAAAAACCAAUGAGUGCCCAGGAUUUUAAUAAUGGUUUCAUGAAGCAAGCUAAAUCCCUUAACUUUACAGAUAAUAAACUAGUUUCAAAUUGA